GAGUAAAGCCCAAUCAAUAAAGAGCCUAUAUAUAAAAUCGAAAUUGUUAUUAACGUUCUCUCAACCAAACCCUAAUCUGAGAUCAAACAUCAAACCAAACAAUGGGACACAGCAACGUCUGGAAUUCUCAUCCCAAAACCUACGGUCCCGGUUCUCGCACUUGCCGUGUGUGUGGGAAUUCACAUGGAUUGAUCAGGAAGUAUGGCCUUAUGUGCUGCAGGCAGUGCUUCCAUAGCAACGCCAAGGAGAUUGGUUUCAUUAAGUACCGUUGAAGAGCUGUUGUAGCUGUUCUGCCAAGUUCAUGUUUGAAGAAACUUAAUUUUGUUUUUUGCAUUUAGUUUAUUUGUCAGAAUGGAUCGAUGGCAUUAAGAUUUUAUUUUUAUAUAUAGAGAGCUAUGAAUUGUUGUUUACUACUAUUGAAAAUUAAUGUUGACUAGAACUAUAAUUUAUUUA